AUGCAGUCGACCACCGCUGAUUUGGUGACAGAUGCUAAAUUUCGGGUCGAAUUCUACUCGGAUUUGGUCCAUCGCUUCACUUUUCAAUCAAGUAGCACCCCUGGUCAAUAUGUGAGGCGAAAGGAGAGACUCGAUAUUUGGAAAAAAGAGAAACCAGUGGGUAGUGGAUCGUGUGGAAGCGUCUGGUUACACAGAUGCUUGACAAGCGAGAACCAAGAGGAGCUGCAGGCCGUAAAGAUGGUCAACAAGAAACACCUGUCCUCUGGGGGCAUCGACUUCUGCAAAGAACUAGAGGCUAUUGCGAAAUUUUCACAAAAGAAGUAUCUUGGUCUAUUUGUUGAGUACUUUGGUUGGUAUGAGAAUGAGGAAUCUAUGUUUAUUGCUAUGGAGUACAUCCAACACGGUGAUCUAGGUUCUCAUUUGACGACACCAUUACCCGAGUACGAUGCCCGAGAGAUCGUCUUUCAAAUCGGAGAAGGUCUGGAACACCUGCAUUGA